UUGACAUUUCUUACCAAACUUCGCUUGUAAGCACAACAUGUUGGCGCUAGAGUGAUGAGGUAACGAAGCAAAACAGAAUACUGUAAUUUCUAAAAGCUAGAAAGUUUUCUGGGGCCACAGAGAGGAUGUCUCAGCUGCUAAGACUUCUCUCGGCGGCUGUUUUGCCUCUCUGCCGGGCCAGAGGAGCCCGAGGUCGCACACUGGGUUCAGUUAGCUUCGCGGUUCGGGACUAUAGUUUUUUCAGUCAAAGUCAAGCUAAUUUCUCUUCUCGUCAAAGAACCUGGUUAGCUAAGCGACGCGUCUAUUCUACUGAGCCAAAAGAUGGAAAAGAAGGAACCAGCAGGAGAUGGGGAGGACGACCAGGUGGAGGAAAGAGAGGAGGUGGAGGGAAAGACUGGUGGAAUCGGAUGCAAAAGGGCGACUUCCCCUGGGAUGAGAAGGAUUUCCGCUACAUGAUGCUCACUGUUGCUGGAGUCAGCUCGGUGCUGCUCUACUUCUACUUCCGAGACACGGGCCGAGAGAUCAGCUGGAAGGACUUUGUGCACCGCUACCUGGGCAGAGGCCUGGUGGAGCGGUUGGAGGUGGUUAACAAACAGUUUGUCAGAGUCAUCCUGGUACCGGGAGCGGAUGCUGAGGGGAGUUAUGUGUGGUUCAACAUCGGCAGCGUUGAUACAUUUGAGAGGAAUCUUGAGGCUGCACACAUGGAACUAGCCCUGGAGCCGUCACACCGGACCGCGGUCAUCUACAGCUCUGAGAGUGACGGCUCCUUCUUGAUGAGCAUAAUUCCUACUUUGCUGAUUGGCUUUCUGUUGUUCACACUCCGGCGUGGACCAAUGGGAGGAGGGAUUGGUGGGGGAAGGAGCCCCUUUAGCAUGAGUGACUCAACAGCCAAGAUGAUGAAGGACAACAUAGAUGUCAAGUUCAAGGAUGUGGCUGGCUGUGAGGAAGCUAAGCUGGAGAUCUUGGAGUUUGUGAACUUCCUGAAAAACCCACAGCAGUACCAGGACCUGGGAGCCAAGAUCCCCAAGGGUGCCGUUCUGUCUGGACCUCCUGGCACAGGAAAGACUCUGCUGGCCAAAGCCACAGCAGGAGAGGCCAACGUCCCCUUCAUCACAGUCAAUGGCUCCGAGUUCCUGGAGAUGUUUGUCGGGGUCGGUCCAGCAAGGGUGAGGGACAUGUUUGCCAUGGCGAGGAAAAAUGCACCAUGCAUCCUCUUUAUAGAUGAGAUUGAUGCUGUGGGGAGAAAGAGAGGAGGAGGAAACUUUGGGGGACAGAGUGAACAGGAGAACACGUUAAACCAGCUGCUGGUUGAGAUGGACGGUUUUAACACAUCUACUAAUGUAGUGGUCCUUGCUGGAACCAAUAGGCCGGACAUCCUGGACCCCGCUUUGAUGAGACCAGGACGCUUUGACAGACAGAUUUACAUCGGUCCUCCAGACAUCAAAGGCAGGGCUUCCAUCUUCAAAGUUCACCUGAGACCAAUCAAACUGGAUCCCAGUCUGGAUAAGGAUGCUCUAGCAAGGAAAAUGGCAGCUGCCACACCAGGAUUCACUGGUGCUGACAUUGCCAAUGUGUGCAAUGAAGCAGCAUUGAUAGCUGCCAGGCACCUGAGCCCCGCUGUCAACCCAAAGCACUUUGAGCAGGCAAUCGAUCGCGUCAUCGGAGGCCUGGAGAAGAAGACUCAGGUCCUGCAGCCGACAGAGAAGAAGACAGUAGCAUAUCAUGAAGCCGGCCACGCCAUCGUGGGCUGGUUUCUGCAGCAUGCCGACCCGCUGCUCAAAGUGUCCAUCAUUCCACGGGGGAAGGGUUUGGGUUAUGCUCAGUACCUGCCCAGAGAGCAGUACCUCUACACCAAAGAACAGCUGUUUGACAGAAUGUGCAUGAUGCUGGGAGGGCGUGUGGCCGAGCAGGUCUUCUUUGGACGAAUAACCACAGGAGCUCAGGAUGACUUGAAGAAGGUCACACAGUCGGCCUAUGCGCAGGUGGUGCAGUUUGGGAUGAGUGACAAGGUCGGGCAGGUGUCGUUUGACCUUCCCCGGCAAGGUGAGAUGGUACUGGAGAAGCCUUACAGCGAGGCGACAGCUGAACUCAUUGAUGAGGAGGUCAGAGGACUGGUGGACCGAGCGUAUGACCGCACCCUGCAGCUGAUCACCGACAAGAAGGACCUAGUGGACAAGGUAGGGAAGCGUUUGCUCGAGAAGGAGGUGCUAGACAAAGCAGACAUGGUGGAGCUGCUGGGUCCUCGGCCAUUCAAGGAGAAGUCAACCUACGAGGAGUUUGUAGAGGGGACAGGGAGCUUCGAGGAAGACACAAGCCUUCCAGAUGGCCUCAGGGACUGGAACCAGCAGAGAGGGGAGUCGGAGGAGACAGAUCCAACCCAGGACAGGCAGCAGGCGGUGUAAGAUCUGAGGAAUCUGGAGAAACUCAUCCAGCUGGACAGAAAUACAUGAAGCUGCUGACUCUGAGUUUUGGUGCUUUAUCAGAGGGCUGUGCUGCAGCUAACAGUCAACUAUUUCUCUUCAGAGAGGAAUGAUCUUUACAGAGCCACAAGAUUUCCCGGCUCUAGAGCCUGCAACAUUUAACUACAUUGGGACAGAACAGAGUGAACAUAAUGCUUUCUUUAUUUCUUUUACAAAAUGUCCUUCCUCCUGAUAAUGAGGAAGAAAUACUCGACUCGAGGAAUAUUUAUGUGGCCAAACAAGGCUGAUAUGUUUUUUUUAGAAACGAAUCGGAUGUUUUUUCAUCAACCUGGUACAACUCGUCUCAACGUCCUGCUUCACAACAACACAGCAAUUUUCAUUUGUAUUUUACCUGAGCUUGGACUUAUCAUAAGGAUAUUUAAUGAUAUAAACUGUGCGAUCACAGGUGCCUGUAGAUUUUACAUUCAGGUAGAACAGUCACAUCACAUUCUGCUCAGUAGAUGAAACUUGCUUUAUUCUGUGUUGUCUGUAGUUUCAGUGGUUUUCAAGGUGUAAAGGAACUUUGUUAACUUUGUUUUGGUUAAUAAGGUUAACCAGAACUUAAUCUUGUUGUGGUCAAGUUUAGUCUUUCUAUCUUGAGCAUCUUUAAUGUCAUCUUCAACUUUUAAAUGCGAUUGUGUUAAAGAUGCCUGGAUGCAGUUGGAAAUGCAAAAGUUUCCUCACCUUGUUGCGACACAUUCAACACAUUCAGAGAUGACAUGUUUUUGUAGCAUCUCAGAUACAGUCACAUUCUCACACUAUGGCUGACUUUAACAAGGGUGGGAAUCAGACUUGUGCUUUUGAGUUACUGCAGCUGGAAAAAAUCUCUUGAUCUUGAGGAGUUUAAUUCUGUAGAUUAUUUGUACAGUAAUGCUUGAAAGUUUGAACCACCCAAACAUGGUCAUUGUUUUUCGAAAGAAAAAUCAUGUGAAAUUAUCAUCCAAAUCUCAAAUUGUAAAGCAGACCUUGCAAGAAAGAUACAUAUUUUCAUUAUUUAUUCAACAAAAGUAUUUUAUCUGUCAAAAACAGAUACCUAUUGGCCAUUUGUAAAUGAUUUGUCUUACAGUGGAUGGACGAAGAUGGAAUCUUUUAGAGAUGGUUUCGUAGCUUUCCCCAGACUGAUGAGCUGUCACUACCUUCGUCCUGAUGUCCUCAGAUGUCUCCUUUCCUCUCGGCAUUGUCAAUCUGUUCUUUAUGCAGAUUGACAAUGCUAACCAACAGUGGUUUGGUUAGUUUUCCUCUUGCGUCUCAAAACGUUUCCCAAUGAUGUCUCAUUUGAUUGGUCUGCUCAGAUUACUUGAGCACUCAUGUGUUUCACCUGAGCCUUUUAGCUAAUUGACCUUACCAGUUCAGCUGUGGUUCAAUUACUUUAGUAGAUGCUCUGAUUCCAGGUUUUUGAAACAUGUUUAAAGUGCACUGUCAUGGCAACAGAUCCAACAUCUGGGUCAUUCCUUAGACACUGGGAGUAAAGGACGCGUCCAAACCGUGAAAUUCACAAAAAUUCUUGAUCUAUAAAAAAUGCAAUUACAAAGACGACAAUAAAUCAGUUUUACAA